UGUUGCAAAGAGAGCUGAGCAGCGACGGGAGGUUUGCAACAGUGAAGCCAGUGUUUUAUUGAGUAAGAAACGGGGCCACUUCUUGGAGUAUCAUCCCUGAUCAGAUCAUCCCUCCUGAAGCAUGAACUUUUUCCUGUGGAAGGGUUUUGUUCUUUCCUUUCAUGACACUUUCAAUGGCUUCUGGUUUCUAAAGGCACCGCUUUAACUCCCGGCAGCAGCUUGGACUUUGUGACAUUUUGUUUUAAAGUUGGGCUCGGCAGUGGUGGACUCUCUGUCUGUCUUGUUUCAUGGACAUCACAACAUCGUGUUUUUCCUUUGUACAGUCCUGGAUUUACCCCAGCCUCCCGAACUGCGUCCGGAGCUGCCACCCCUCAGGAUUUCUUUGCUGACCUUCUGUGCGCGUGUGUUUCGGGCGAUGUGAUCCCAGAUCGUAUUCGCCGAAGAGAUGGUUUUGUGGUGAAAAACCGAAAAAACGUUCCGUUUCCCGUCUUGGUGAUGUUUAGAAUCUGAAAAAUUACCACUGACGUUUAUUUCAUUUCUUCCCACGACUCUUCAGAAAGUCACCGGAGACAUCGCUGCGCGCGUGUGAGAAAUUUAUUUUAAUUUAAGAAGCAGUGGGAGAGUAUUGAGGGGAGAGGAACAACAUCCAAGGAUGUAUCCACAAGGCAGGCAUCCCGCCCCUCAUCAACCAGGACAGCCAUUUAAGUUUACAGUGGUGGAGACAUGUGAUCGCAUCAAGGAGGAAUUUCAAUUCUUGCAGGCACAGUAUCACAGUCUGAAGCUGGAAUGUGAGAAGCUGGCCAGUGAAAAGACAGAAAUGCAACGGCACUACGUCAUGUACUAUGAAAUGUCCUAUGGCCUGAACAUUGAAAUGCACAAACAGGCAGAAAUUGUGAAGAGACUGAGCACAAUUUGUGCACAAAUUAUACCUUUCCUCUCUCAAGAGCAUCAGCAACAAGUAGUGCAGGCAAUAGAGCGUGCCAAGCAAGUCACCAUGGCCGAACUGAAUGCCAUCAUCGGGAAUCCUCACUUACAGCAGCAGCAGCUCCAGCACCUGUCUCACCACGCACCCCCGAUUCCGUUAACUCCACACCCAUCAGGACUGCAGGCUGCAGGAAUCCCUUCCAUCAGCGGUGGCUCGGGGCUCCUGACCCUGUCCAGUGCCCUCGGAGUUCAUGCCCAUCUCGCAAUGAAAGAGGAUAAGAAUCACCUGGACAUGGACCAUCAAAGAGGUACAGGGAUGAAGCUGGCAAUGUAG